GUUGCCGCGGGCGGGGCGGCACGUGUCGUGCGCGCCUCGCGAUCACCUUUGUUUUUAUCUAAACCAUUGUUUAAUUCCAUCCGAAUACAAUCGAUACGAGGUUCCAGUGUAACCAUAUGGCCUACAAGUUACAUUUCGAUGCGAUUUUAGUGUUUUAAAUAACAUAUUUGUGACAAUAAAGUGUUAUCUAUAGCUACAGCAUAUGAAGGUGGCUUAUUGACAAGUGAAACUCUUUAUCGUCCCAUUGAAUACCGUUCUGUUUGCGAUUGUUGAUUAACUGAAAACGUGUUGGUGGUCCCUGUUGUAAAGGAAAGCAUGCAAAUCAAUAAGCGGAUGGAUAGCCAGCAGCAAGCAGCCGAGAGCUCUUAGUGUGCGGUUUAUAUCUCCGUUGCAUAUUGAUUGCUUUUCAACCAGGAUCACUGCAAAUUGUCAGUUACGAUUGCAGACAAAGUACGUGGAGAGGUAUUUCGAAGACUGAGCAGUUCAUUGGGCCUUAUAGAAAGCAAAAAUCUUUUUUUUAUUGUAAGAGCAAAUGCUCGUGAUGAUGCCAUCAGACGAUAGCGUCAGAUAGCUGCCCGGGGGCUCUAAAUAAUGGGUGCGAACAUGGGCAAGAGUUCGAGCUUGCUGGACGCGCUGCCGACGGCGCAGGGCACGCUGCACGUGGUCAUGCUCGGCCUCGACUCUGCCGGAAAGACCACCGCUUUGUACCGCCUCAAGUUUGACCAGUACCUCAACACCGUCCCCACGAUAGGCUUCAACUGUGAAAAAGUCAAAGGAACCAUGGGAAAGUCGAAAGGCGUAAACUUCUUAGUGUGGGAUGUCGGAGGACAAGAAAAAUUGAGGCCGUUGUGGAAGUCAUACACUAGAUGUACGGACGGUAUUAUAUUCGUGUUAGACUCGGUUGAUGUGGAGCGGAUGGAGGAAGCCAAGAUGGAGCUGAUUAGGACGGCCAAAUCACCGGACAACACUGGUGUUCCGAUUCUCGUGUUGGCGAAUAAGCAAGACUUGCCCGGGGCGAAAGAGCCGCGGGAACUGGAGAAGCUGCUGGGACUGCACGAGCUGGCGGCGGGCGCGCACGGGUCGCGUGACCUGCACGCCUGGCACGUGCAGCCCGCCUGCGCCAUCACCGGCGACGGGCUGCACGACGGUCUCGACGCGCUCUAUGAGAUGAUACUCAAGAGGAGAAAACUAGCCAAAUUGCAAAAGAAACGCGUCAGAUAAAUCAAAUGUUAAAUCAUCCCGAAUGCGAUAAGUAUUAUAUAAUGCUCAUUUCAUGGAUAUUUUCAAUCGAUGUCCAAGUUUGAAACACCAAAUAUUGUUUUUACGAUAGAUGUGUAACGUCUUAUGAAAAUAUUCCAUCAUAAUGUUGCUCAAGUUGUAUUGAACAUUUUGACGGAAACGAAUAUUUUGAUAAAAGUUAUUUAAUCUACUAGUCAUUUUCUUUUGAAAAUAGCUAGGCGAAGGAUGAAGAUUUUGGAAAUAGAAGUUUUUUAUAGAUCGGCAGAAAAUAAUUUAUUUUAAUGUGGUAUAGCAAAUAUACUACAUCUAAUAAUCCCAUAUUUUGUCGAUGUUCAAAGAUUUUAAAAUACAAACCUUAUCACUCUAAAGUUUCGUGAAAAAUCGGUUAAAAUAUUAACAUUUUAAACCCUGUACCCACAACCCACAGCGAUGUAUGUAUAAAUUCUGUACAAUACUUAUACAAUGCUAUUCACAAUACUGUGGUUCCGUAAAGUUGAACGUUUAACGCGAACUAAAUUCACGUUGUUUCGCAUAGGACCGUAGGAACGGACGUAGCACGCACAUUUAUGUAAUACCGAAGUAAAGUUUUGUCUGCGCGUACGUCCACUACAAAAUUAUGACAUGUGUCUGGCUCUGUUCUGAAUAACUGUAUAUUGAAUAAUUUCUAUAUUUAAGAGUGUCAAUAGAAGAUAAUUUUUACUGAAAUGAAAUUUAUUAAUGGAACGUCUGUGUGUCUACUAAUUUAUUUAUCACUUGUCUGACUGUUGACUUUUAAUUCAGUUACACUUGUAAGUUUAUUUCUCAAUACAAUUCAUGAGCUCAUGAGCUACAUUUACAAUUCCUUGUCUUCAUCCUGAUAUUUUAUAUUUUUUUAAAUAUCCGUACCAAAUUUUUUUCAGUAGCCAAUUAUAAAUUAGUCUGUAGAUGUUAUUUAUAAUGUGAUGUUCUAUAUAUUAUUGAAAGAGGCUUUUAAUGUUUGUGUUUUGGACGGCUUCUUUUUGUAAAUAUAAUGUAAAUAGACGUAGAAUUUAAUUACAAUAUAGUUCACAUAUACAAAUGGCGCAUUAUUUUGACAGUUCAUAAUUCAUAAAAUUUAUGGGCAUUUAUUUAACCCUGCGUGUUGUUUUAUUAUAGAUUGUUAUAAAUAUUUAAACUAUUAAGAAUGAAUUGUUUUGUCAUUAAGCAUGUACCAAUUUUUAAAGAUGGUUUGAAGCAAUGACAAUAUUCAUACGUGUUCCCAACUUUAUAAAGACUGCUUGACUGGAAAUCUUUCUUGAAAAUUUAAUUCAGAAAAAUAUAAAAACAUAAAUUUUAUUCAAGUGCGAGCUUUAAAAUAAUUUUUAGAUAUGUACUACUAAACCUGAAUAGUUGUCGUCUCUAUUAUUUAGUAUAUGUAAAUUACGACCAUUUAUUUAUUUACCCGUAAAAAAUAGUGUAUGGACCCUAAUAUACCAAAUUAAUAUGUUGCUUUUACCAUUUGUUUUAUUUUCAUGUACAUAUGUAAAUUUCAGAUGAAUAUGCGUUGAUACCAAGAAACCAAACAUUUGUCAGUAGAGAGUGUACAUUAUGUUAAUAAAAUAUGUUCGUUUAAUAAAUCAAUUCUAAUCAUUAUCAUUAAUGUAUUGUUUCACAAAAAAAAUGUAGAAUUUUUCAUAUUGAUUCCCCAUAAAUAAACUCUGUUUUUAAUAUUUAA